AUGACCAGUGCAUGCUUGGUUCUCCUCCCCAAGGUGGAAUUUCCAAACUCUUUAUCUGAAUUCAGACCUAGCAGCCUCGGUAAUUUCAUAAACAAGAUCAUCUCCAAAGUUAUAGGUGCUAGGCUUGGGCCUAUAUUUUCAAGAAUUAUUUCUGCUAACCAAUCAGGUUUUGUAAAAGGAAGGAAUAUUUCUGAGAAUAUCAUGCUUGCUCAGGAAAUUAUCCAUGGCAUCAAGAAACCAAAUGAGGGAUCCAAUGUAGUCAUAAAGUUAGAUAUGGCUAAAUCAUAUGAUAUGGUCUCCUGGAGUUUCACUUGCAUAAUGUUGAGGAGAAGUGGGUUUUUGUGA